ACACUAACAGGCUAACCAAUAUAGUGCGCGGUCUAUGAGGAUGAAUAGGAUACGGUUGUUCUCAAUCCAUCAGAUUUCUCUGCUGGUGUAAUUAUAUUUUUCAUCGGAUCACAUCGUUAAUCUGUGAUCACGUCGAAUGAAGUAAGCGCAUAUUUUCAUUUUGUUUUAUCAAGUUUAUCUUAACCAGAUGACGACAUAGUAGCUAGCCUAUAAUAGGCCACAGUAGGUCUAUAGACCUGCAUAAUACGACUAUGAUCAGAUGAUUAAUACGUCUACCCUCGGAUCGUAAACUAAAAGAGAAAUCAUUGUAGAUCAAUGACAACUGUAUAGCGAGUAUUACGUAAUUCUUCAAAGCCGUAAACAGUCUUAAUAAACGGAUCAUGGAGGACGUGCUAUAUGGAUAGACAUCAUGAUACGGUUAGGAUAAAAGCGAAUUUCUGCUGGUAUGAUUUUUUUUAUCGCAGCACAUCAUUAACCUAUUAUGAUCACGUUGAAUGAGUCAGCGCAAUAUGUUUUUAUCAAGUUUAACGCUAAGUGUAUGAUGUAAUCUUAUCCAGAUGACGACAUGUAGCUACUACAGAGGCAUAUACUAGAGCAAAGUCCCUUGUCAGGCUUGGAUAUUAAUUGGACUUUGCAUGUGAUUAUACAGAGAGAAAGAAUAAACGGAUAACAUUGUCUGACGAGGUUGACUAAAAUGUAGUUAAUGAUGGUUAACAAGGUUUGAUAGGAAAGACACGUUGACCAGCCGUAUGUUCAGAGCGAACUGGACAAACAAAACUGACCGGAUGAGUUUAGCAAUUUGACCAGAUCAAAGCGAAUAAUCAGGAACUCAUAACGUCUGCAUGAUAAUUCGAAAUUGUACUCAAAGAAUUGUCGGUAUAUCACUUACAUUUGUUUCAUUACAUGAUAUUUUAUCGACGUUGGAAUUUUUUCUGCCCUCAAGAAAUUAAGAAGAAUCUCAAAAUGCCCGAUGCUCAGAUAGAUGGAGAAGGAGAAGGAGGAGGAGAAAUGAUAGAUGUGAUGACGUCAGAAGGAAUUGAUGUGACGAUACCUGAACAUGAUGAUGGAGUUCACAACACAGCGGUUGCCUUGGCAACCAUAGGAGCGUCAACGACCAACGUAGGGGUGAUCGACUCCAAUGAUGACCACGUUGAGAAGACCCAUCUUAAGUAUGGAGAGAAAGAAGGCUUCAAAUACAAAGAAAGCAUGAAACUUCUUAUACCGAUCCGUCUCAAACCUACAAACGAAGAAUUUUCACCGAUGGAUCACAGCGGUCUGAUAUCGUUUGUUUGGCUUUCCUGGAUGUCUUCUUUAUUCAUGAAGGCUUACAAGAGGACGCUGGAGUACUCGGACCUGUGGACGAUGUCGGAUUACGACAGAGGCGAUUACAACGGUGACAGAUUUGAGCAACUUUGGGCUGAAGAGGUUGCACUGAAAGGAAGCGAGGAGGAAGCAUCCAUGGGCAAAGUAGCAUUUCGGUUUGUACGGACGAGACAGAUCAUAUCAGCUUCGGUCUUGGUCGUAUCAAUGAUGGCUUCAUUCCUAACGUCGGCGGUCGUCGUCCAGAGGCUACUGGAAUACACCGAGCAGGAGGAGGUCGAUCUGUGGUACGGCAUCGUCCUCGUCGUCUGCAUCUUCUUCCUUCAGAUCGUACGAAUAUCGGGCGACGUGUUCUUCUGGACGUUCAGCUGUCGUACGGCCACACGGUUACGCAGCGGUGUUCUCACGGUGGCGUUCCGGAAGCUGGCUAACCUCAGAAGCCUGAAGCAGCACAGUGUUGGUGAGAUCGUCAACGUGUGCGCUAACGAUAGCCAGCGUCUGUUCGAUGUAUGUGUCAUCGGAAAUUUCCUCGUGUCGUCAGCGGCCCUCCUCAUAUCGACGCUCGUCGCCACGCAGUUCAUCGUCGGUGUCGGAGCGUUGAUCGGGACCCUAGCGACGUUCAUCAUCUUUAUACCCCUCCAGGCGGUGGCGGGGAAGACCAUCUCGAAGCUGAGGAUGAAAUGUAUCAAGGUGAUCGAUGUUCGUGUUCAGAAAAUGAACGAACUCCUGACCUUCAUCAAGCUCAUCAAGAUGUACGCCUGGGAGAAACCAUUCUCAAAGGCAAUAGGAGGUAUACGUGGACGAGAAAGGACUUAUUUGGCCAAGGCAGGAAUCCUCCAGAGUUUUAGUUUAUCUGUCGUACCCAUCGUUCCAAGCCUUGCUUCUGUACUUUCGAUUAUUAUACACGUCUCAAUGGGCAACUCACUCUCCGCCGCACAGGCCUUUACGCUUGUAUCGUUAUUGAAUGUGUGUCGUGCCGUGAUUGGACCAACUCCUUUCGCAAUCCGUAUGCUGGCCGAAUCUACAGUAGCACUGAGACGAUUGAAGUCAAUCAUUAUUAUGGAAAAGGCAACACCAAGUGAGAAGCUGAAUGGGAGUAGCAAGAACGUGAUCGAGAUCACCGGCGCAGAGUUCGGAUGGGACGUUAUCACAAACAAAGAAGACGAGAAAGAACAAACCGCCAUGGAAACUGCCAUCGAAGAUGAGAACCAGAACGGAGAAGUCAAAAUGAAUGGACACGAUAACAAAGAAGUGGUCAUAAAGAAUGGGUCGACAGAGAAUGGCAAGACAAACGGGGUUACGAAACCGAAGACGAAUGCCGAACAAUCGAGAGGUCAGAAAAAGAUGGCUGUGGAAAAGGUCUCGAGCAAGACUGUCUCUGUUCUAUUUGAUAUCAACUUUGAUUUACCAAAAGAACAACUCGUUGGUGUAUGCGGAUUGGUCGGAAGCGGUAAAUCUUCUUUGAUCAACGCCAUCUUGGGUCAGAUGGAGAAGGUCAAGGGCUCCUGCAAGGUCAGAGGAAAGUUCGCGUACGUGGCCCAGGAGGCCUGGAUCUUCAAUGCUACGGUCCGGGAGAACAUCCUCUUUGGGACACCCAUGGAUGAGGAGCGAUACGCAAUGGUCCUCGAGGCCUGUAGCCUCAAACAAGACCUGGAGAUAUUAACCAAUGGAGAUCAGACAGAGAUCGGGGAGCGUGGAAUCAACGUGAGCGGAGGUCAGAAGCAAAGAAUUAGUCUAGCCCGUGCCGUGUACGCAGACAAUGAUGUCUACUUCCUCGAUGAUCCUUUGAGUGCAGUAGACGCACACGUUGGGGAACACAUCUUCAACAAGUGCCUCAAGGGGGUCUUGAGCAACAAGACUAUUCUCUUUGUCACACAUCAGCUUCAGUAUCUACAGGACUGCGACUCCAUAGCAGUAAUGGCGGAUGGUCGGAUCGUGGAGAGGGGGACUCAUAGUGAGUUGAUGACGUCAGAAGGAGAGUAUGCUCGCCUUAUCACGACGCAUUAUACCAAGCCGGAAGAAGAGGAAGGGGAAGGGGGCUCAGACUUACACCCACAGUCGCCAAAGCUGAAAAGACAACUCAGCCGACAGAAGUCGUCCACAUCAAGUGCAGCUAGCGAGGAUGAGUUUAUCAACCCCGAUGAAGAAAAUGAAGGUCAGUUGACAACCACAGAAGGUCGAUCCGGUGGUUCGUUAUCCUGGAGGACUUACCAUGGUUACAUCCAGGCAAUGGGAGGCUACUUCUUCGCAUUGACAGUCAUCUUUGCUUAUGUCCUCGUAGUUGGAAUGUUAACCUUCAAUAACUGGUGGCUUAGUUAUUGGAUUGAAGUCAGUGGUAACAGACCAUAUAACGAGACUUUAGGUGAGGAACCGCCAACCUUAGUAAAUGAUCCGGAUCUAUGGUUCUACAUGUUGGUGUAUGGUGGCUCUCUUUUCCUUAUAUUCGUCGUUGCUGCUAUCAAGAGCGUACUUUAUAUGAAGUAUACCCUAAAAUCGUCAUCCACAUUGCACAACCAGCUCUUCAGAACCUUGAUUCGAAGUCCAAUGAGUUUCUUCGAUACUACACCUACUGGACGAGUUCUCAACAUGUUCUCGAAAGAUUUGGAUGAACUCGAUGUGAUGCUCCCAAUAAACAUGGAACUAAGUCUUAACUAUCUCUUGACGAUCAUGGCAUCGUUGAUCACCAUCAGCGUCAUCUUCCCGUACUUCCUGUGCGCUGUCAUCCCCAUCAUCAUCAUCUCCUACUUCAUCCUCGUCUUCUACCGGAAGGGCGUCAACGACAUGAAGCAGCUAGAGAAUGUCAGCCGGUCGCCGUGGUUCUCGCACAUCGGCUCGACCGCGAUGGGGUUGACCACCAUCCACGCCUACGAGAAAACCAAUGAUGUCAUCACGAGGUUCGUCGAUCUUUUGAAUGUGAACGCGUAUCCCCUGAUGCUCUUUCGAAUGGCCACCCGAUGGGCGGGGGCUCGGCUCGAGGUCCUUGUCGUACUCGUCAUCACCCUCACCAAUCUUUUGGUUGUCAUCUAUCAUGGGCAGAUAUCGCCCUCUAUCGCUGGUCUGGCUGUCUCUUAUGCGAUGCAGCUAACAGGUCUAUUCCAGAUUACGAUGAGUAUGAUGGCAGAUACUGAAGCACGGUUCUUUUCAGCUGAAAGGAUGAUGCAAUACAUAAGGAAUUUGAAACCCGAGGCACCGGAGAGCAUCCCAUCCAAAGUACCUGCAUCGGGCUGGCCGAGUAAAGGAGAGAUUAAGUUUCAUGACUACCGGAUGAGAUACAGAGAGAAUCUUCCACUGGUGCUUAAAGAUGUUAGGUGUACCAUCAAACCAGGGGAGAAGAUCGGAAUUGUGGGAAGAACGGGUUCAGGAAAGUCAUCUUUAAGCGUUGCUUUGUUUCGCCUGGUGGAAGCGGACAAGGGGUCUAUAAGUAUUGAUGAUGUAGACAUCUCGGGACUAGGACUCUUUGAUUUGAGAUCAAAGAUGUCAAUUAUCCCUCAGGAUCCGGUGCUCUUCAUCGGUACAGUUCGAUAUAAUUUGGAUCCGUUUGGUCAAAGCAGCGAUGUCGAUCUGUGGCAGGUUCUAGAAAAGGCGUACAUGAAGGAAAAGAUAAGUUCACUAGAGGGCGGGCUUGAGGCUCCCGUAACAGAAGGAGGAGAUAAUUUUUCUGUUGGUGAGAGGCAACUGAUGUGUAUGGCGAGGGCUUUACUCAGAAAUAGCAAGAUUUUAUUCUUGGACGAGGCAACAGCAGCAAUCGACACAGAAACAGAUAGCUUGAUCCAACAAACAAUAAGAACAGCUUUUAAUGAUUGUACUACACUCACUAUAGCACAUCGACUCAAUACAGUACUCGACUCAGACAAGAUACUUGUCAUGGACGACGGGAAGGUGGCAGAGUUUGACUCACCGGCGUCCCUACGAGCCAACACAUCAUCUAUCUUCAGUGGGAUGCUGGCCGCUGCGGACUCUCAGGGCAAUCAAGAUAAAUCAUCGUAGCGUUUAGAAUAUUCAAUUUUUAUAC